AUGUUUCCGACAGUUCGCCUGCUCCAUCCCUGCCGCAUCACACUCUUCACCCGGGAUGGCUGCGGUCUCUGCGUCAGAGCCAAGUCGGCCCUCUCAAACGUUUGGGACCGCCGGCCCUUUGACUUCCACGAGGUCAAGAUUACGACCCCCGAGGCAAAACCUUGGAAAGACUUGUACGACUUUGACGUGCCCGUGAUUCACUUUGCGAAGUCGGGUGCCCCGGACGAGGACCCCAAAUUGGUGACAAAGGCCCUCAAGCUCAUGCACCGCUUCGAUCCAGCCGAUGUCGAGGCCAAGAUGGACGAGAUUGAGCAGACCAGGGCAUAA